AUGGAGAACAGGGGUGGGAAGAGGCAAAGCGGCUCGUUUAAACGGACCUCAAUCAAGCGUACCACUUCUGGGUCGCAGAAGGCACAAAAGGCUUGGAUAGAGAAAACCUUCCACAAGAGAGAAUGCAUUCACAUAUUUCCAAGCAAAGAGCCCAACAGAUGCUGCUGUGGUCAGCUGGUAAACCAACAUGUGGCCAUCCUUCCCGGCUGCACAACGAACAAGAGUUCAGAGGACACCAAUCAGAUCGUGCAGGCUGAUGCCCCGGCGGAGAGAUGGUCUGUCGUCAAGCACACACAGACCUGCCCCACUGACGCCUAUGGCGUCAUUGAAUUCCAGGGGGGUGGACUUGUUAACAAGGCCAUGUACAUACGGGUGUCCUACGACUCAAAGCCGGACAGCCUGCUGCACCUGAUGGUGAAGGACUGGCAGCUGGAGCUGCCCACGCUCCUCAUCUCCGUGCACGGCGGCCUGCAGAACUUCGACCUGCAGCCUAAACUCAAGCAGGUGUUCGGGAAGGGCCUGAUCAAGGCUGCCGUCACCACUGGGGCCUGGAUCUUCACCGGCGGAGUUAGCACCGGGGUGAUCCGUCAUGUCGGAGAUGCCUUGAAGGAUCACUCUUCGAAGUCCCGAGGGAAGGUCUGUGCUAUAGGGAUUGCACCAUGGGGGAUUGUGGAGAACAAGGAAGACCUCAUUGGAAGGGAUGUGACCAGACCCUACCAAACCAUGUCAAACCCUCUGAGCAAGCUCUCAGUGCUGAACAGCAGCCACUCACACUUCAUCCUGGCUGACAACGGCACGUGUGGGAAGUACGGUGCCGAGGUUAAACUCCGACGCCAGCUGGAGAAACACAUCUCCCUGCAGAAGAUCAACACCCGUCUGGGGCAUGGUGUGCCACUGGUGUGUCUGAUAGUGGAGGGGGGUCCCAAUGUGGUCUCCAUCGUGCUGGAGAGCCUUCGGGAGGACCCACCUGUCCCCGUGGUGGUGGUGGAUGGGAGUGGACGUGCCUCCGACAUCGUGUCCUUCGCCCACAAACACUCGGAGGACGGCAGCCUGGUGAGUGAGAAUGCCAGAGACCAGCUGUUGGUGACCAUUCAGAAAACAUUCAACUACAACCGCAGUCAGGCCCAGCAGAUGCUCCUGAUGGUCAUGGAGUGCAUGAAGAAGAGAGAGCUUAUAACUGUGUUUCGGAUGGGCUCCGAAGGUCAGCAGGACAUAGAGAUGGCCAUUUUGACUGCUUUACUAAAAGGCACGAAUGCCUCAGCACCGGACCAGCUGAGCCUGGCCUUGGCCUGGAACAGAGUGGACAUCGCCCGCAGUCAGAUCUUUGUCUAUGGACACCACUGGCCUCCUGCAAGUGCCCUGUCCACUGCCACCACCCCAAACCAGGAGCGGCACAAGAGCCCCACCCCGGGGGCCCGCAACAAGGGCAAGGCACGAGGCAAGAAGGGGAAAGGGGGUAAAACCAAACCGGAACCACCAGAGGAGACCGACCCCAGGAAGUUAGAACUGCUCAACUGGGUGAACUGUCUGGAGCAGGCCAUGAUGGACGCACUGGUGCUGGACAGGGUGGACUUUGUCAAGUUGCUGAUUGAAAACGGAGUGAACAUCCACCACUUUCUCACCAUCCCCCGACUCGAGGAGCUGUACAACACAAGACUGGGGCCAACCAACACAUUACAUUUUGUAGUCAGGGAUGUUAAAAAGGGAAACCUACCCCCAGAUUACCAAAUCACCUUGAUUGACAUUGGGCUGGUUUUGGAGUUCUUAAUGGGAGGAGCCUAUCGCUGCAACUACACUAGAAAGACCUUUCGGUCCCUCUACAACAAUCUGUAUGGACUUAAAAGGCCAAAAGCCCUAAAACUCUUGGGAAUGGAGGACGAUGACCCCCGUCCAAAAGGCAAGAAGAAAGCCAAGAAGAAGGAGGAGGAGCUCGACAUCGACCUGGACGACCCCGAGGUCAGCCGGUUCCAGUACCCGUUCCACGAGCUGAUGGUGUGGGCGGUGCUGAUGAAGCGGCAGAAGAUGGCGCUCUUCCUGUGGCAGAGGGGGGAGGAGGCCAUGGCCAAGGCCCUGGUGGCCUGCAAGCUGUACAAGGCCAUGGCCCACGAGUCCUCCCAGAGUGAGCUGGUCGAGGACAUCUCCCAGGACCUGGACAAUAACUCCAAAGAAUUUGGACAGCUGGCAUACGAGCUGUUGGACCAUUCAUACAAGCGAGAUGAGCAAGUGGCCAUGAAGCUGCUGACCUACGAGCUGAAGAACUGGAGCAAAUCCACCUGCCUCAAACUGGCUGUGGCAGCCAAGCACCGCGACUUCAUCGCCCACACCUGCAGCCAGAUGCUGCUCACUGACAUGUGGAUGGGAUGCCUGAGGUUUGGGAAGAGCCCCAGCCUAAAGGUGAUUCUGGGAAUAGUUUUCCCUCCUUCUAUCCUAUUACUGGAUUUCCGUUUUGGUGAGGACACUGCAUACCACACCUCAGGGGAACACGAGGAAGGGAAGGACAAGGACGAUGACAACAAGUCCAGCAGGGAUGGCAAUGUUGAUGCGGUGUCCAGGAAAGGAGAUGAAGAAGAAGGCAAUAAGAAACAGAGAAGAAUUCCCAUUGGGAAGAAGAUCUAUGAGUUUUACAAUGCCCCCUUCACCAAGUUCUGGUUCAACACUCUGUCCUACCUUGUGUACCUGAUGCUGUACAAUUACAUAAUUCUGGUCAAGAUGGAACGCUGGCCCUCUCUCCAGGAGUGGAUUGUCAUUGCUUACAUCAUCACCCUGGGACUGGAGAAAGUCAGACAGAUCUUGAUGUCAGAACCUGGUAAGCUGAAGCAGAAAAUAAACGUGUGGCUAGAGGAGUACUGGAACAUCACAGACCUGGUGGCCAUCUCCACGUUCCUACUGGGCCUUCUCCUGCGGCUGCAGAACGAGCCCUACAUGGGCUACGGCCGCGUCAUCUACUGCGUGGACAUCAUCUUCUGGUACAUCCGCGUGCUGGACAUCUUUGGGGUCAACAAGUACCUGGGCCCCUACGUCAUGAUGAUAGGAAAAAUGAUGAUCGACAUGCUUUACUUUGUGGUGAUCAUGCUGGUGGUUCUGAUGAGCUUCGGCGUGGCCCGACAGGCGAUCCUGCACCCGGACGAGGAGCCAACAUGGCGCCUGGCCCGGAACAUCUUCUACAUGCCCUACUGGAUGAUCUAUGGAGAGGUGUUUGCGGAUUCCAUAGACCUCUACGCAAUGGAAAUAAACCCUCCCUGCGGUGACAACAUGUAUGAUGAGGAUGGGAAAAAGUUGCCCCCCUGCAUUCCGGGGGCAUGGCUCACCCCUGCCAUCAUGGCUUGCUACCUGCUGGUUGCCAACAUCCUCCUCGUCAACUUGCUUAUUGCCGUCUUCAACAACACGUUCUUUGAGGUGAAGUCCAUCUCCAAUCAGGUGUGGAAGUUCCAGCGCUACCAGCUGAUCAUGACCUUCCACGACCGCCCAGUCCUCCCACCCCCAUUGAUCAUCUUUAGCCACAUCUACAUCGUCCUCAAGCGCAUCUGCUGCCGCUGUCGGAGGCAACAGGAGGGCGACACGGACGACCGUGACCGCGGCCUCAACCUGGUUCUGAACCAUGAGGAGUUGAAGAAUUUGUACGAGUUUGAAGAGCAGUGUGUGGAGGAGCAUUUCCGACAGAAGGAGGAUGAAGAGCAGUCUUCAAACAAUGAGCGCAUUCGAGUCACAUCCGAAAGGGUGGAGAACAUGUCCAUGAGGCUGGAGGAGGUGAACGAGAGGGAACACACCAUGAAGGCCUCCCUGCAGACGGUGGACCUGCGCCUGGCUCAGCUGGAGGAGUUCCUGGGACGCAUGAUGAACGCUCUGGAGAAGCUGGCGGGCGUGGACAAGGCCGACCUGUGCAGGACUCGCUCCGGAGCCUCGUCGGUGGCCGACCCUUCGUCCCUGCUGAGGCACGGCAGCGUGAACAGCUGCGACGGCUACAGCCUCUACCGCUACCACAUGGACCUGGAUGACCCAGGCCCUCCGUCAACUGAGGACAGGGACGGCGAGGAGAAAAAGACCCAUCCAGGUUCGGAGCGGCAGGGAAGCCUCCGUCUGGCCUCCGCCGCCACUACCCCUAUUGCCAGAGCCACGGAGUACGGGCAGACCCUGGAGGUGGGAGCCCCGAUGGACCGGACGUGGCCCAGCUCCUGUGUGGACAUCACCAUCUCCCCUUGUGACCAGAGUGGAGACCAUCCAGGUGACCAAGUGUCAUCUUCCACAGGGUCCAUUGUGGGUGGCCAGAGGACUCUGGAGGCCACACUCGUAAAAGCAGGUCUGAGGACUGAAAAGGCUAAGCUGGAGGCUGCGGUCUCCUACCCCCUCGAGAGGUCCCAGUCCCUGUGGUAUUACUCUCCUGAGGCCCUUGGCACCUCCCCCUCCAUAGCCUCAGGAAGCAGGGCUGUGAGCAGCAUCGUCUUCACGCCUGCCGAUGGGGAGGAAGCCAACUGGGCCACGGAUUACAGCACCUUCAUGGAGCAGGUGACCAGGUCCCCGACUGUCGCUGGACGGUGGACAGCAUGUUUUGAGUAUAAAGUGCACCCCAGCGUCCUUGGGCACGCCCCCAAAGUGUCACUUGUGAGACCUCCUGAAAGAUCAUCCGUUUCAGCUGAAGUGGAGGAGCCCGCCGAGCCAAAAGUGCCGGCCAUGCAAGCAGAGACGCCUUCAAAGACGACCGAGAGAGAAAAAGAGAAAGAGGGAGAUAUGGGAGAACAGACAAUGGACACAGACCACCUGUUGGAUGAGGAACGGGUUUACCCGUCCCUCAGGUCAAAGAGUCUGAACACAAACCCUAGGAAGGUGAAAGCUGCAGGGGACAGCUUUGAGAAGCCCCGGGCAGCAAAAAGCGUCAAGGACAUUGCAGGGGCGUUUGGGGGCUCAAUCCACCAAUCAGAGGCUAGGAAAAAGGGAGGCCCCAAUGAAAGAACGACAGAUGAAACGGAUUGCUAA